AUGAAACAAACUAUUAAGUUGCAUUCAAAGAUGAUAUUGCAAUUGGUAAGAAAUUUUCACACAAGUAUAAGUUGGCGUGCUGCAGAGUCCUCUUUAUUGGCUAAAUUGAGAAAGAAAACUGGGUAUACAAUCGCUAAUUGCAAGAAGGCACUUGAAAUGCACAAUAAUGACACUGAUAAGGCAGAGGCAUGGCUAAAUGAGCAAGCUCAGGCCAUGGGCUGGGCAAAAGCUACUAAAUUAGCCGGAAGGAAAGCACUCCAAGGGCUAGUUGCAGUAAAGUUUGACCAUAGCCAUGGUGCCUUAGUGGAGCUUAAUUGUGAGACAGACUUUGUGGCCAAGAAUGAGAAGUUUCAGAAAAUGUUGGAAGAUGCAACCCUUGCAUGUUAUAAGUUUUCUCAUACUCACCUUCAGGCCAAAGGUCCUGUUACAAAAAUGGAGUUGGACAGUGAGCAACUUGGCAACAUGAAUGUUGAUGGUAGGAAAUUAUCUGAAGUUCUGGCACUUUUUAUUGGAUCUGUUGGGGAAAACGCCGUGCUACGUCGCGCUGAGUGCUGGAAAGCUAACAGUACUGACGUUAAAAUAUCCGCUUACACUCACCCAGCUCCUGCUGUCGCGUCAGAAUAUUCUGCAGGAAAAUAUGGAGCCCUAUUAGCCUACAAGCAACCAAAUGACCAAGAAGAUAUGGGAAGACAAUUGUGCCAACACAUUGUCGGUUGUGCGCCAUUGAAAAUCGGGAACAAGGAAAACGACACCCCAGCCAAAAAUUCUGAUGAUGAAGUCUGCCUCAUUUACCAGGAGUACCUUUUGGAUCCUUCAUUCACGGUCCAAGAGAUUCUCGAUGAAAACAAAGUUGAAGUUAUCGAUUACAUUAGGUUUUCUUGUGGAGAAUCUGAGGAAUCCCUACCAGGUGUAGAAAAGCAACCGUUGGAUACCGUUCAAACAUUACAGUAA